GGCUUGAACAAAAAUCGAUGAGGGAGGUCCCCCUUGACGAGGACCUCCACAGGCACUUGAAUUGACUUUGGGCCGUAAAAUGAUUACAGGCCGAAAGCUAAACUAGACGCUGAGAGAGUGAGAGAGCAUGUGCGUGUGGAAGAGCGUCGCAGCGAGAGAGACUGUGCAAGUGAAAAUGAGAGCGGGAUAGCGGAGCAACAGCAAAUGAAGCAGCAGAACAGAAAACGGGCGAAGUUCAACCCAGGAGUGCGAGUCCCCAGCAAAUUGCAAAUUAAACUGCUGAAUAAUACUAUGCUAUUCUAGUAACAAUUCAAUCCCCUAAAAUACAAUAAAACCCAAGUCGGAGCCCCGCUCUCGGAAGUGUAUGCUCGUGUGCGUGCGUGUGUGUGUGCGUGUGUGUGCUUGGACCUGGGUCUUGCCGUAACUCCAGUAAAUUUCUGCACAUAGCGGUGAGAAGGGGAGCAGAAAAGCGGAGUCAGCGACGAAGAAAACGGAAGCCUCGCACAAGGCGGAGGAAAAAUCUCGUUAAGAUGGAAAGCAAACCGAGGAAAUGACCGGCAGCACCACCAGCAGCAGCAGGUGAACUUGUGGAACUUCUUCGGAAAGGAGUGCCCCCGCAACUAAAUAGAUCGCCGUGUCCCUUUAUGAACAGACACACACACGCACACACACACACACACGGAUACGAACAGGUCACGCACACAACGAGAAGGCCAAAAUAGCUCAGGGCCUCUCCGUCGCCCUUACUUCACCACCUACGUGACCCGGCUCCCACGCAGCACGGCGAUUAUAAAUAGCUUUAGCUUUGCCGAGUCCAGGACUUGAGGCUGGUUGUACAAUGGUAACAAUGAACUCGGAGGCAGACAAAACUCAAGCAACCAAUGCUACCCUGGCCAUGAGCAACGCUGAAAAACACCCAGCCGUGGAGAGCACUAGUUCACUUCCAACAUCCCCACCAGCCACAGCCACGGCCGCAACAGAAAGCUGCGCCCCAGCUGCAAUAUCACCACCAGCUCCGGCUCAAGCUACAACUCAAACUUCAGUUCCCACUCCUGCCCCAGAAGCUCUGGCCAAUGGCAACAGCAAUUCCAACAUUCAGGAAGUGGUGGCCACCACCAGCUCAGGCAGCGCGGCCGCCACUACGGCAGAAGGAGGAGCAACGGUAAACGGAGCGGGAGGGGUGGUCACUUCGGCGGCGGCUGCCACGCCACCCCCCUCGGCCAAGACGGUGAAUGUCCGCGAUACCACUACCUCGGCGGGGGUCAGCAGCAGCUCGGCUAGCAAGUCUAGCGGCCUGCUGACAGUCAACAGCAAUCAUCACCAUCAUCAUCAUCAUCAGCAGUCCUCGUCGUCGUCGACAUCGUCGCAGCAGCAGGCGACCCCGUCUACGGUGGUCAUGCAGUCGUCGUCACAGCACCAGCGCAGUAAUAAGAACGAAGAUGCACCCAACAUACUCGUGUACAAAAAGAUGGAAACCAUUAUUGAGAAGAUGCAGGCGGAGUCGACCGGUGUGGCCGUGCGCACUGUGAAAGCGUUCAUGAGCAAAGUUCCGUCUGUGUUCACGGGCGCGGAUCUGGUGGCAUGGAUACUGAAAAACUUCGAUGUGGAGGAUGUGACGGAGGCCCUGCACUUUGCCCACCUGCUAAGCUCGCAUGGCUACAUCUUUCCCAUCGACGAUCAUGCGCUGACAGUCAGGAACGACGGCACCUUCUACAGAUUUCAGACGCCCUACUUUUGGCCCUCGAACUGCUGGGAGCCGGAAAACACAGACUAUGCGGUCUACCUAUGCAAGCGCACCAUGCAGAACAAAACGCGCCUGGAAUUGGCCGACUACGAAGCCGAGAACCUGGCCAAGUUGCAGAAGAUGUUCUCUCGGAAAUGGGAGUUCAUCUUCAUGCAGGCCGAGUCACAGAGCAAAGUGGCCAAGAAGCGGGACAAGCUGGAGCGCAAGGUGCUCGACUCACAAGAGCGCGCCUUUUGGGACGUGCACCGUCCCAUGCCAGGGUGCGUCAACACAACCGAGAUCGACAUCAAGAAGGCUUAUCGACGAGGCGGCUCCAGCCAUGGAACUGGUUCCUCCGGCGCCUCCGUGGCCAAGAAUCCAAUCGAGCAGCUGUCUCGCAUCAUUGCCCUGCGGAAACAGAAGCUCGAGCGGCGCACAAUCAAAGUGUCCAAGGCGGCCGAGGCUUUGGUUGCCUACUACGAUCAGUACAAUGAGUUCGAUUACUUUAUAACCUCUCCUGAGCUGCCCAAUCCCUGGCAAACGGACAGCACAGAAAUGUGGGAUACGGAGAAGAAUAGCAAAGAAGUUCCUGUUCGCCGCGUAAAGCGUUGGGCCUUCAGUCUGCGGGAGCUGCUGAACGAUGCCAUUGGACGUGAUCAGUUCACCAAGUUCUUGGAGAAGGAGUACAGCGGCGAAAAUCUGAAGUUCUGGGAAUCAGUGCAAGAGAUGAAGGCGCUGCCACAGUCGGAGAUCAAAGAGGCCAUACACAAGAUCUGGCAGGAAUUUCUCGCUCCCGACGCCCCGUGCCCAGUAAAUGUGGACUCAAAGUCCGUGGAACUGGCCCGGGAGGCGGUCAACUCACCGAACGGCCCAAAUCGCUGGUGUUUCGAUGUGGCCGCUUCACAUGUUUACCACCUGAUGAAGAGCGACUCGUACUCGCGCUACCUGCGCUCUGACAUGUACAAGGACUACUUGAACUGCUCGCGAAAGAAGAUCAAGUCCAUACCGAAUCUGUUUGGCGUGAAACGUUGAGACACACUCCGUGGACUGCCACGCUUUCAGGUUGCGUGAGAUGUUGGAUUGGAUCACGUAAUUGUGGAUUGGACGCGUAAAGUUAGCGGGGGGAAGAACCUUGAUACAUACUCCAGUCAGGUACUCAAACUCGUAUUUGUAUGUAUUUAAGCGAUGUUACUUAUUUAUUACUUGCCACUGUGUCGCGUGUUCUCGUUUAUGGAGAUUUUUUAUUAGUAUUUGUUAUACAUAUUAGUUACCUCGACGUGCCCAUCGUGAUCUUGCAAGGAGCUUCGUUCUGUUUUCCCUCUAAAAUCACAAUUCUCACAGCACUUUCCCAUUCUCCUCCUGAAAGCCCUUUUCUUCAUACUUUAUCUCGCGCUCUCUCUCUCUCUCUCUCUCUCUCUCUCUCUUUCUGUGUCCCCCUUCUGUGACCCUGUCUCUUUCUUUCUCGACGAAAACACCACUUAAGAUGAAAAAGAAACUGCCAAGAGAAUGUUAGAAAAUGGAGACAAACACAAAAAAAUAAAUUGUAAAUCAAACAUGGAAGUGAAGCAAAGCCAACACCAAAAACCGUCGAGACCUUAUUCUCGAUUAAAUGAUGCAUAUAAAUACAUAACAUUUCCAAAAAUUAUUCAGUACAUAAUUAUGAAAAAACAAGGAAAAACACCAUACCGAAACACUUAAACCAAGCAAUUGUCAAGUGUAACCGAUAAUACUUAAAAAAAAAAGUAGAAAUACAAAAUACGAAAACAAUACGAAAAAAUGACAACCUAACCUAAAGAAAACAAGUGUGCUAACACACAAAAAAAAGCAACCAACUGAAUUGUCAAACUAUAACCAAAAACAAA